AUGAGUCGACUUGUUGAACUGGAAUGCUGGCUUCGUUCUCGGGGAUGGUGGUCCUGUUCUGCAACGGCGCGUUGUAGUGUCAGCAACUCCUUGACUUUUAACCCUGAUAGUGACUCCUCUCAACUUUUUAGAUUUAUGGGAACUUUUCCAGCACCGAAAUGUAUCACUUUUUCGGCUAUUCGCUUGCGGAAAUCCCACCGCUGCCACCACUUUUUGUUGAGGGUUAGGAGUUUAGGACUUGACGGUAUCUAUCCCGCUAGAGGAACAAACCACUUGCAGCUUCUUAAUAGAUUUUCUUUACAUCCUUUGGAGCUAAAGAGAAUAAUAAUGCAUUUGAAGUUUUUGUAUGGACUGUUGCAUAACCAGAUUGAUUCUAUAGCACUGCUUGAAUCGGUGAAUUUGCGUGUUCCAUUUUUUCAAAGCCGUAGUCAAUUAACUUUUACAUAUAAAAUACCUAGAAUAAAUGCCAUAUCAAGGACCAUCCUAGUCCUCGCCCAGAUUGGAAGAUACUACAUUCCCCACCAGGCGGUUGUCAAGGAAUCGAGUACUACGACAAAACUAAGGGUAGUAUUUGUUGCUUCCUGUAAAACAACUAAUGGAAUAAGCCUCAACGACUGCAUGCUGACUGGCCUACGCUUACAACAGGAUUUGCUAAACAUACUGCUACGGUGGCGUUACAAGAUUGCAGUUUCUGCUGCCUAUGGAACCGCAUCUGCCCCAUACAUAGCGGUCAGAACCAUGCAGCAGUUAGCGAGGGAUGAAAAACCGAAAUUUCCAGUUGCUUCCGAAGAUUUUUACGUUGAUGACCUGCUCUCGGGAACGGAUUCGGAAGAGUUUAACGUUAAGGAAAGGUCAAGCAACAACUUUGGAAUCCUUCAACACUUGCCCUUGAAGGACGAAACGGCUCUUGAAGUCAAGAUGGAUGAUGUAAAAAAAUCCCUUCGAUUGCAACAUAGAAUAUUGGAGGCCCAUGCCAAUGUAAAGGAUCUAUCUCUAAUAGAAGCCAAAAUAAAUUACAUAAAGGCUUGGCAACUGCUUCCGGACUUUGGAAUUAGUUUCUUUGUUGUAAAAUUCAUGGACAGCAAAAAAGAAGAACUUCUGGGUGUUGGUUAUAAUCGAAUCAUGAAAAUGGACAUCAAUACUGGAGAUCAUCAGAAAACAUGGAGAUUUAAUACAAUGAAAGCAUGGAAUGUUAACUGGGAGAUCAAGCACAUGAUGGUUCAGUUUGAAGAGGGAAACAUUAUAUUUAGUUGUCUUUCGGCUGAUUGUAAAGUUGUCCACGAAUUUAUUGGUGGCUAUAUUUUUUUGUCAACCAGGUCAAAAGAUGCAAGUCAGACACUAAACGAAGAACUUUUCCAUAAACUAACAGGAGGCUGGUCUUAAAUUUAGGACUUAAAUUACAUAUUUUAAUAUUAUAUGGAUGAAAUAUGACUUACAUAAUAUGUAAUAUUAUUAUGUAAGUCAUCUUUUAUGCAUAGCAUAAUGUCUUAUGUCCAGGCCUUGUAAAAUAAAUCUUAAAAGAUGUAUUUAAUUAUUUUAAAAAUAAAAU